GGACUUAUAUCUGGUUAGAAAUUAAACUAAAUUAAAUUAUUUAUGUGAGAAGAAAAAUAGGAACUAAAACAGAACAGGUCUUAAAUGGCUGGUAUGAAGACUUCCAUCAAAAAUAACAUGAAGGUCGGUCCAACUCCAAAUAAUCCGGAAAUGCUGACAAACCCCUAAACAAAAACCCUUACGUUUUUCCCAAAUCACACUUGUAACUCAAUCAACCAACCUUCGUCACCACAUAAACUCACACCUUUCUGCCACAAACUAGCCCCACCUUCCUUCUUUCCUCCUCUUCAUUCAUUAUAAUAAAAAAAAUCAAAAACCACCCAAAAUAAAAACCUUCAUUAUUCCUUCUAACUCCAAACCCUUCUUAACCAACCAAAUAACCCCCUUUUUUUUCGCAGAAAAAUGGCGAUUGCUUUAUUACGCAGUCAAAGUAGUGCUAAUUUCCGCCAUUAUUACUCUAAUCAAAUCAAACAUAAUAAUUUCUACAAUAAUUCCAAACAAAUUGGUUCUCAAAUUUGUCAUAAUUAUAAUCAUAAUCAAUUGAAACAAUUGUUGCAACAACAGCAGAAUGUAAAGUAUUACUCCAGAUUCUCUAAUUUUUUCAGAAAAUCAGUCAAAGAAGUCGAGGUUCCGGCGCCGCCAUUUUUGUUUAGGCCGUCGGUAUCUUCUUCAACGUCGACAAAAUCGUCGGUUUUAUCGAAGUUUGGGUUUGUUGGGUGGUAUUUAGGGUUGAUUAAGUCUCGCCCUGUUCUUACUAAAAGUGUUACUUCUUCUCUUAUUUACAUUGCUGCUGAUUUGACUUCUCAGACUAUUGCAUUGCAAUCUUCUGAGUCGUAUGACUUGAUUAGGACGCUACGCAUGGCUGGAUAUGGAGGGGUGAUUUUAGGUCCAACGUUGCAUUAUUGGUUCAAUUUUAUGUCAAGAAUUCUUCCAGGAACAGGUUUACUGACAACAGUGAAGAAAAUGGUAUUGGGGCAGACAGUUUAUGGACCAACUAUGACCGUUACUUUCUUCUCGAUGAAUGCUGCUCUGCAAGGUGAAGAUUCCAUGGAAAUUUUUGCGAGAUUGAAGCGGGAUUUACUUCCAACAAUGCUAAAUGGUGUCAUGUAUUGGCCAAUUUGUGAUUUCAUCACAUUCAGAUUUGUUCCUGUUCACUUACAGCCGCUAGCGAGCAAUUCAUUUUCUUAUCUGUGGACUAUUUAUAUGACAUAUAUGGCAAGUUUGGAAAAACCGAGUGUGGCUUGAUGAUGCAAUUUUCAUUCAGGAGCUAGAUGGCUUUCUGGAACAAUUUUAUCAACUAUUUGAUAAUGGAUUACAAGUCUGUCCAUUACCUUCAUCUCUUAUAGCAACUAAACCAGCUUCCUUGCCUAUUCAGUUGACCGUGGUUGGCUGGUUAAUUUUUGUAAUAUAUUUCAGAUAUACUACUAUUAGAAAAUUUUGUUACUACUAUUUUAAGUCUUUGAUAUCUUGUGUAGUAUGUUAAUUUGCUGUAAUUUUUUUGGAUGUUAUGCCGACUUAAAUUAUGCAGAAUGGCUGAAUGGGGGUCAAAAUCAGGGAAGUCUUAUUGCGUUACAGUGAUGCAUAAGGGAAUUGUAUAACAUGGCAUUUUGUAAAUAAUGUUAAUUUUGUUUGGGCCUAUAUUUCUCUUUUCCUUAU